AUGCAUUGUGCCGUUGCGGUGAUUCUGUUGACUGUUAUCUAUUUGACCGGAUAUUUCCGAUUCGUAAACGCUCAUCGGUGCUUAUCGUGUGCUACACAGGAAGCCGUUACGAAUUGGAACAAGUUCAUGAAAUAUCGUUUGCUGGACUCUAGAACCGGUACGUUGCUCGACGAGCAUCCAUGUGAGAAUCCACAUUAUGUAUCUUGCGAGAGUCCAUGUUAUAUAUUCGAGAUUACCGGUAAACUGCGUACGGGCGAGGAUCAUCAACUCUUCGCUUUGGCACAAGGUUGCUCAACUGGUCUUUUUGAGGAUAUUCCGAACGAUUACAAAUGUCUAAAUCAGGAAAUACCUAUGCGAGGCAGAGGCGGCAUAUUCACACUUCACGGCAAAUACUGCUUUUGUUUCGGGGAUCUGUGCACCUCAUAUAGUGACAUUUGGCUGCAACAUAACCCGAAUCCGGAGCGAACGGAUCCUCCAUUGGAGGAUGUCAAUAAAUAUUCUUCAUAUGGCAGUGAUCCAUUCCCCUAUCAAGGUUUCUAUCGUAUAAUUGAACCUUAA